AUUAAUCAGGAAGCUAUCAUCGCAUCUGGCUCGCUGCUUGAGUUAUCAUUUCAGAAGGCAGCUAUAUGCUCUAUGGCAAUGCACCGAGGAGCAGCACUUGCAGCAAUGUCGUAUAUGUCAUGUUUUCUUGAGGUUGGCCUUGCUGCUGUGCUAGAAUCCCCAGAGUGCAUCCCUGACGGAUCACCUGGUAUGGUGCUAGUUCAAAUCUUGGCACGCUGUGGUGAAGGUCUAUUAUCUACUGUACUUUAUGCUCUACUUGGUGUAUCAGCCUUGUCAAGGGUGCAUAAAUCUGCCACAAUAUUGCAGCACCUGGCAGCAUUGUGCAGUCUCUGUGAGAGAACGACAUGGAAGGCUGUUCUUUGUUGGGUUUCUCUUUGUGGGUGGCUACAAUCAACGGUCAAAUAUUUGCCCUCUGAGUAUCUAAAGCCAGGGGAAGCUGAAGUGAUUGUUCCACUGUGGCUCAAGGUGCUUGAGGAUGAAGGCUCAGACUAUGUUCACAGCAGGACUGGUGAUAAUGUCAGGAAUCAUCAAGGUUACAUGCAAGGGAAAGGUGGCAGAACACUUAAACGCAUAGUUAGAGAUUUUGCAGAGAGCCAUCGGAAUGUUCCAACCCCCUGUCCUUCAUGAUAUCCAGACGAAACAGCGUUCUGCAGUCCUGCCGAUUCUGAAGUUCCCAUAUUCAUGUUUGGUAGCGUUAAGACGGUGCAUGUGGAAUUGACGCGCAGGCAUGGUACAUAGUGUUGAUCCUAAGGUUCGAUCUCCAUAUGAUUAUUCUUUAUGAAGGACAAGAGGCUAUUCGCUGCUUAUGCAAAGACCUGGCUGGGACAUGGAACCUCGAUUUGUUCUGUACAGCAAAUUACCUAAGGGCUAAAGAUGGACCAGGUAGUAAAAGUAAUGUUUACUUUGAUGACUACGUGGAAUUGAGUCAUUGAGUGGACCACAGCUACAUGGACUUACAAGUUACAAGGCUGAUCAUUUUCAAAGUUGGAAUUUAUACGCCAGAGCUCGAAAUUCUAUUUUUGCAUGGAAAUAUGCACUCUAUGAUAGGCUUGUUGUAACAUUUUGGUAUGCUGCGAAGCUGAGAAAGAAGACUGAGGGGGGGGGGGGGGGGGUCAGGGAAGAUGGAUGCAAUAGCUGUAUAUAUCAUUACUGCGAGAUUAGCGUGAUGUACAAAACAUCCCACUAUAUCCAUACCGGAAUUUUGAGUUUACAUUGGCAAUAUUGGUGGCAUUUUAUACAACUGCUAUCGUGUUGAGUUAAUUUUGAAUGUAUAUAUGCAACUUGAAUAUGGUUUGAAAUGUAUAAUUUUUGGGGCUGAAGGUUCACCUAUAAAAUUUCUGAGCUGAGGGCAAUGCUUUUGAUUCUU